AUGGCCAUCUCUCUCUUCUUCCUAUUUUUGACCCUGGCUUCUUCAAACAUCCUGCCAGAUCAAUCUCAUCCUUACCCCAUUUCUCCUUCAAGCCCUAACUCAAACGAAUCUGGCGUGGACUACUGAUUUUACAUUUCAAUUGACAAUCGCAUUUCAAAGGGCGACUAUUUGAAUAUUAUCUUUCCUUCGCAAUUUACUAACAUCGGUAUGACAAGCAUCACAACCUGCUACAUUAAUGGUGUAAGUCAUUCCUGCAGCAAAUUUAGCGCAAACCAAGCUCAAAUUACAGCGUCACAAGUAAUUCCAGGGAACUCCCGCUUGCAAGUAAAAAUCCCUGGCAUUACAAACCCUACAAGCGAAAUUGGGACUGGUUGGUUCCAGAUCUAUUCACAAUAUGCUGUUGGGUUGCAGAUUAUUGACUCAAAUGAUGCGUUUGGGGUGAUUGGAUUUGCCCCAGAAGUGUCCAGCGUUACUGGGACAAUUGCAAUCGAUUCAACAGGUGGAACAAGCGUGGUGGCAGUAAGCGGGAAUUAUGUUUUUACUAUUACCCUUACUAGUGCUAUUACAGCUGGGACUCAGUUCAGAGUUAAGGUUCCUAGCCCUUAUAGUGCCUUAAUUUUAAUCUUAAUUGCAGGUCGGUCCUGCUUAUUGAUUACGGAGUCACCAAGGACAACUCUUGAGGCUUCAUAUGCUUUGCGAAGCCGACAGUCAAGCUGGGCCGGAUUGAGAUGGCUCUCCACAGCGAAAAUGGAUUGAUAUAGAACUUUCUCUUCAAUAGCGCGAUAAGGCGUGCUUCCUGGUUUGACUAAAAGGUCUUUGGGCCAUGAAAAUCUGAUGUUCCUUCUUUGUAAGAGAGUCAUACAGUGAAAAUAAAGAGUUCUGGCUGAUCAAUCUCGAGAACUUAAAGAGAGGCUAUUUGCAAAUUUACACUUUUGGUUCGUCAAAUGGAUCUGGCGAGCCAAUUCUGGCCGGUACUUGAAAUUAUAAAUGAUAGUUGCCAGAAUUUUAUUAAUUUUCUGAUGGCAAGUAUGAUCAGAAUUUUAAUAAAUGGCACAGGAUAGACAACCCACUUAAAAAAUAUCGUUAAAAUUAAAGUCCCAUUUUAUAAAAGAUAUAAUAAAUUUUUAAAAAUUAUUAUUUUAUUUUAAAAAUAUUUUUAUAUAAAAAAUUUAUUUAUAUUGGUAUAAUUAUUUUAAAAAUUUUAUUUUUUAACAUUUGAAAGAAAUUUAAAAAUAUUAUAAGAAGAAAAUUUUAAUAUCAUUAGUAAAGUUCGUAAAGAGCAACAAGCGCUUAGCGCAAACUUUUGCCUUUAUAAAGCAGUUAAUCAUAAUUAAAUUGGCAUUAUUUAUUAGAAAUCUAUCCUUUCGCAAAAACACAACUCGAUCAACAAGUUUUUAAUUAUUAACUCUAUUUUAAUUUUCUAACAAAAACCAAGUUAGUCAUUAGCAAUUUCGUAAAGAACAACAAGCGCUUAGCACAAACUUUGGCUUUUAUAAAAGCAGUUAAUCAUAAUUAAAUUGGCAUCAUUUGUUUAGAAAUCUAUCCUUCCGCAAAAACACAACUCGAUCAACAAGUUUUUAAUUAUUAACUCCAUUUUAAUUUUCUAGCGAAAACCAAGUUAGUCAUUAGUAAUUUCAUAAAGAACAACAAGCUCUUACUCCCCCCCCCCCUCCGUGAGCGAACAAAACCAUUAGAAAAAUCGCCAUUUUUUGACCAAAAACCCACCCUCCGUGAGUGAACAAAAAUUUUUUUAAUAGAAAAAAUUUUAAUGGAAAAAAAUUUUGAUAUAUAAGUGAUAAUUAGUAUAAUGAAAUCUAGAGCUAAUUCUGUUUAAUUUUAAACAAAUUGCGUUUUAAAACAUAAAUUUUGCAAAUUAAAUUAAUAUUUGCUUCCCAAUUUUUGCAAAUUAGGAUUUUUUUAAAUUUCGAAACAAAUAUUUUUUAUAAAAUUUAUAUAUAAAAUUUUUUUAAAAAAAAAAAAUUAACCCCCCUCCGUGAGCGAACACAAAUUUUUUUUGUUCGCUCACGGAGGGGGGGGGGGAGUUAGCACAAACUUUGGCUUUUUUAUAAGCAGUUAUAAUUAUUACCAAAGGAAUUAUUAGAUCGGUUUGAAAGGAAUAAAGUUGUCUGAUCUUGUGCCAUUUAUUAAAUUUCUGAUCAUACUCACCAUCAAAAAAUUAAUAAAAUUCUGGCAACUACCAUUUUUCAUUUCAAGUACUGGCCAGAAUUGGCUCGUCAGAUUUCAUUUGACGAACCAAAAUGUAGAUUUUUCACACAGCCUAUCUUCAAGUUCUCGAGAUUGAUCAGGCAGAAUUCUUUAUUUAGGCUGUUUUUCUCCCCAUGAAUAAAGAAUAGCAAGUUUUCAUAUGUUUAAGAUCAUCCGGUAAAAACCUAGGAAUGCGCCUUAUCGCGCCAUUGAAAAGAAACUUCUAUAUCACCUUGCUCCUGCUUCGGCACCUGACACUAUAGGACUUUCGAAGUAUUCUCUCUUACUCUUGCGCCUCCUACUUACCUUGGGUUCCAGUGCUGGUGGCAGGCUAUAAACUUUCCGUAGCCGCUUGAGUGGACGAAGGUUCUCAAGACAAAAAUCUCCAAAAAAUAGAAUUUCUUGUAGACUUUCUGAAAAAGUGAAAAGUUCAAAUACCUCGAUGUAACUCCAGUUUACGCUAGAGAUCACCUGAUUGGUGUAGGCAAUAUCUAUAGACAUUGCUGAAUUCCUCUUUUCAACUCAAAGUCCUCCCUUUCAUGUAAAAUCCAACUCUAAAAGCGAAUGAGUGUUAGGCUCCACACAUUGCUGGAAUUGCUUACUAGCAUUGCUGUCCAUUUCUGGAUUGGCAAAAACUUACCAGAUAUAAUUAAAUAUGCUCUUGAGAUUUCAUGGCGGGAAGGUCAUGCCGAGGCCCAGACGCUAUAUUUAAUUAAUUGCCUUAUAGUAUUAGUUCUUCAACUACUUGUACAGUGGUAACAACGACAACACUACUUGGAACUUUUUCUUGUAGCAAAGCUAAUGGAAAUUUAGUCAUUAGCGGAUUAACUUCUACUGUAGCGUCAGGGACUGUGGUUAGCAUUAAGGUUUCUGGGAUUGUAAACCCUAGCUAUGUAAUCGCAGCUUCUUUUGUUAAUUUUAUUAUAGAAACUUUGAGAGAAAAUACUAGCAUAGUCAUUCACAGAGCCACAAUUCCGAAUAUUUUAGGGGUUGCAGGAACAUUGACUGGAAUUACCUUGGCUCCGUUUACAACGAGCUCUAGGUUUACUGAAGGGAAUACUUUAUAUGCAACUUUAACUUUUACAACUGCAACCAAAAUUCCUCAAGGCGGAUCUAUUAUUUUAAUAUAUGAUGCAACUAUUGAUUCUUCAUCAUGCUUAGUCCUUUCUGGGGUUCCUAACACUUCUUCUGGAGCUCGUCCUAGCUGCUCAAUAUCAUCAGGUACGACUGCAACUAUUACAAGUUUUGGCGCUAUUGCUGCAAAAACUACUAUAAAAAUUGUCAAUUUGAUUACAAGUCUAUCUGCAAGCAUCGGGCAAGUCAAGAUCUACACUUAUGACUCAAGUUCAAAUCUUAUCGAUCAAGACUUGACUCAUGGAGGAGUUAUACUUCAGUAUAAUAAUUUAUGAUUGUUAUUAAAUAUUUUUAUAAUAUAAAAUUCAAUCUAGAACAGAAUACUAUGGAAUCAGUCUAUUCUGUUAAUUCUGGAUCUGUCGCAUAUUCGGUCACCGCUUUAAAACAAGGAACAAUCACAAUAAAUAUAGACCCUUACUAUAAUGUAGCUGCAAAUGACGUUAUAAACAUUUAUCUUCCUAAUAAUUUUACAACUACUUCAACUCAGACGUAUACUUGCAAAAUAGGAGGGGUUACUCCAUCUGCAUUUUCAGUGGUCAAUGGGAUUUUCAGCAUAACUGUUGAUGCUGGUACAGUUUUCAGCACAGGAAGCACUACUUCAAUUGUAUUAGGUGCAAGCGGCUCUGGGAUCCAGUUUCCUCCUAACGCAACUUCAUAUUCAAAUAUUAUAGAAUGGGUCAUAAGUAUCACCCAUUCUUCAAACUCAGAAGCAGGUACUUUGCAAUCAUCUUUAAGUAACGCACUUUUUGUGGCCGGAUCUGGCCAUACAGAGCUUUUUUAUUCUGAAGUAACAUCAAAGUACUCUGCAUAUACUUUUAAAAUUCAGACAGAUCUUGACCUUUGGAACAGUGGGACUAGGAAGUUUAUGCUUUCUUUAACAUUCCCUAACGAUUAUUCUAAUGAUCUAGGCACCGGAAUUUCUUCCUCUGGGAGUAUUCCUAUUUAUCUUUCAUCUUUUACCACCACGAACUACACAACCCCAUUAAGUUGCAUAUUAACCCCAGGCUCAACCCCGGUAAUAGUGAUAUCUGGUUUCGAUCCUAUCAAGGCCGGCACAAUAAUUUCGUUUACUUUUUUCAUUAAAAAUCCUACAUCUGCUGGAAGUGGAAAUAUCCAGGUGCAAACAUAUUAUAUAGAUUAUAACUCUAUAGAAACAAUAUGCCAACAAGGAGAUUUGGCUGUAACCUAUACAACAUCAGUUACAGCUUGAGAUACAAUGAGUGUUACAACCAGAAACACAACAGUUGUCAGUACUUCUACAUGGUUUAUUUUAGAUUUAUUACUAGCGAGCACAGCUUCUGUUGCUAAUGAUUACCUCAUGAUCAAUUUUCCUGGCGAAUUUACUAUAGACACUAAAAAUUUUGUAGCGAAGAUUGAUGGAGAGGCAGUUGAUAAGUAUGUGAUUUAUGCGAAUUCAUAUCAGCCAAGUAUUGUUUUGAGCUUAGAAACAAUAAUAUUAAACGCUAGUCCAUCUGCUGCUAAUGAACUUAUACUCGAAGGAAUUAUCAAUGCUCCAUAUGUAGGCUCUGCAUCUGGAAGUUCUGGUGUAAUUGGUGUAGGACUAAUUGAUGGGACUUCGCAUCAGAUCCUAAUUACCCACCUUGUUAAAGAGUAAAACCAUGAGAAAAUUAUAUAUUUUUGGGAAAUCAAUCCCCUUCGUUAGUAACUCCCCCACUGUUAGCGAACAAAAAAAUAUCGCUCGCUCAUGAAGGUAAUUUUUUGCUUUUUAAAAUUUUAUAGUAAAUUUUUUUUUCGAAAUUUAAAAAAAAAACCUCCCAAUUCGCGAAAAUUAAAUCAAAUAUUUAAAAUUUAUGUUUUAAAAUGCAAUUUGUUAAAAAUUAAACAGAAUGUACUAAUUAUCACUUAUCUAUCAAAUUUUUUUCAUAAAAAAUGAUUUUGUUUUCUUGCGAAAGGUGUUGGGCAAAAAAUAGAGAUUUUUCUAAUGGUUUCGUUCGCUCAUGGGCUUAGGAGAGUAAGCAAAUAAUUUUUUUUGUAUCAAACUUUAUUUUAAUAUGUAUUUACUCUAAUAAUCAAGCCAACUAUUAAACUUUAGACACUUCAUUUCUAAACAUAAAAUUCAUAAAUUAAAUUAGAUUUUCAAAUAUUUAUAAUUUUAUAAAGCCAAAAAUAUGAUAUUAAUAUAAAUUUGAAAAAAUAGCUUUGCUUACUCCUCCUUAUCCUCCUCUGUGGUCGAACACAAUCAUUGGAAAAUUCCCAAUAUUUGCCCAAAAAUGCUUCCUUCCUGAGCAAAAAAAAAAUUUUAUAAAAAAAAAUAUUGUGAUAUAUAAGUGAUGAUUAGUAUAAUGAAAUCUCGACCAAAUUCUGUUGGAAUUAAACAGCUUGCAUUUUAAAACGUAAAUUUUACAAUUUAAAUAAAAUAUAUGCUUCUCAAUUUUUGCGAAUUGGGAUUUUUUUAAAUUUUGCAAAACAAAAUUUACUAUAGAAUUUAUAUAAAUUUUAAAAAAAUCCUCUCAAGCUUUUGUUCGCUAAUGGAGGUGGGAAGGAGUUAACAAGAAAAAAUUAAUGCUCGCUAGUCAAGGGGCAGUAAGCUACUCAACAGAUAGUUUGUCAGCUAUCACUUCAGAUACAUUAAAAGUUACAAUUAUACCGAACAGCUAUAUAGCUAACCAUUGUGAUGUGACAUAUAAGUUCAGUAUAACUACAGCUCAUGGGAUUCCAUCUAGUGGAACAAUUCAGAUAAGUUUUCCGGUAGGAUUUGACUUGGAUUAUUUUAGCUGCUCUUAUUCAUAUUCUAUAUCGAGUGCAGGUGCCUGUGCAAAAUCUGGCCAAAUAAUAUCUGUUAGUGGUUUUAGUGCAAUUGCAAGUGGCACCUCAUUUAACGUUAAUGUCCUCUCUGUUAAAAAUCCUAAUUCAGGAGCUAGCGGGACUUUUACCAUUACAACAACCUAUACAUCAAGCACAUCAACUGUUAUUGAAACAAAGACAGCAUCUGGCUUUACUCUGACUACAACUGACUCGGCAGAAUACUCAAAUAUAUAUAAAAUUGCAUUCUACCCCGACACAAGUGGGACUAAAGGCCAAAUGCAGCUCGAUUUUGCAUUGAAUUCAUCAGUUCCUACACAAGGGGACCUGUACAUAGAAUUCCCCAGUAGCUUUUCAUCCUUGCCAUCCACUAUGACGAAAUGAAAUUGCCUUUUGAACGUCCAGUAUUCGUCUUGCUCUAUAUCAGGGCAGAAAAUAACCAUAGUCCCUGCCACAAGUUUCCCAACAGGCAUUAAUAUGACUUUGAUUAUCCCUGAAAUUACAGUCCCAUCUACAAGCUCGACUCCAGUUAAAAUUUCAGCUUACUUGGAUUCUACAGUAAUGGCUGAAAAUCCGCCAAGCCCAGGAAGCUCAUUUUAUAUUACGACAGGAACAGUCACUCCAGGUAUAAUCCAAGGCACCUUGACAGCUUGGCCAAAAAAUGCAGCUGAAAUAGCGUUUUACCAAUUCGUACUUAAAUCAGCGACUGGUAUUACAACUACUACUCAAAUUUUGGUAUAUUUCCCAUCAGAAUUCCCAAGAAACCUUGGAGACUUGAUGGCAUACUCCAAUUGCAGUACUAGGAUGGAUGGAAAAUUGCUUAUCGUAUCUAAAAGUAUGGUUCAUGGAGUACUUUUGCAAGGCUUUGUAAGUGUCGCUUCAAAUCAGCCAUUCACUAUUUUAUUUGAAGGUGUUAGAAACCCUGAAUCACCGACUUCGACUUCAGUGUUUUCUAUAGUAACAUUACUUAAUGGAGCAAUUAUAGACUCACUAUCUACAUCUCUGACUGUCAGCAUUUCAUCGAUACCAUCUAUCAUGGAUUUAGUAAGUAUCAGCCUUGAAGAUUAUUCUAUAAGGGCUACCACAGACUAUACAUUUUUAGCAAAUCCUUCAUAUAUCCCUUCAACUUUCCAAGUGUGGGUGUGGUUCCCAUAUCCCCAGUUUUCUAUAGAGCUUUAUGGACUCGGUGAUAUUUUUGAAUGCAGCAGCAAAUCUGUUUCUAAAAUUUCAGGAGCCGGCACUGCUUGACCAUCAACUACUCCUUCUUGCUCGAAUACUCAUAAAAACCUUGUAGUUUUCGAUGCAACUGGAUCAGGGUUUUCUUCUUCAAACUACUUACAAGUAACGAUUGAAGAUCUAAAAUCAACUGGCUCUGCUGGAAUAGUUAAUAAUUUUGUGAUGAUGAUUUUUGAUAAGAGCUCAUUGUCGAUUACAUAUAGAAAUUAUGGGAUUGCUUCGACAGAUGGCAAUGUAGAAUAUUUAGAAGAUAAGGCCCAGAUCUUCGUUGGGUCUCAAGAUGCAAGAAUAUCUGUUUCACCAGGGACAACAAGUAAUUUCACUAUAUACACGUCUAGUGAAUAUAUGCCAGCAAGACAAACGUUGACAUUUACUUAUACUAUUUUGGGCAGUAAUGCAACUAAUAAUAUAGCAAUUGAGCCAAAUAUCAUUCAAAUUACACAAGGAGAGUCGUCAGUGACUUGCUUUGUGACUUGCUCUGCAGAAAUUGUAAGAGGAAACUAUACGAUAAAAUGGAAUAUGACUGGAGAUACAUAUGGACUUUAUAGUGAGCCUGCGUUUACCUUAUUAGAUGUCUCAUCCAGACGAAUUGUGAAGAGAAAGGUUUCAUUUGAAGGAAUUCCUACAUUGAUGAUUGGAGGCACGUCGAUACCUUUGUAUGUGUACUUACUAUGCAAACAAAAUCAUUGGAAAAAUCCCCUUCUUAUUCGAACAAAAAAAUUUUUAUGAAAAAUAAAUUGAUAUAUAAGUGAUGAAAUUUCUAGCUAAUUCUGUUUUAUUUCGAACGAAUAGCAAUUUUAAAACAUAAAUUUACAAAUUAAAUAAAUAUUUACUUUUAAUUUUUGUGAAUUGGGAUAUUAUAAGAUUUAUAUAUAAAAUUUUGUAAAAAAAUUAAACUCCUCCCCAUGAGUGAACAAAAUUUUUUUUCGCUCACGGAGGUUGGGAGAGUUAGAAGCUGCUCCCGAAGAUGGUUUGACGAUUGUUGCCUCACCACCUAGCCUUAUUACAGUAUCCGCCAUAUCAUUUUUGCCAGGGCAGUUUGUGACCAGUUUUACUGUUACUGUAGCUUCCACAGCCUAUGUAGGAAGUGAAACCAUAAAUUUCACCUUAUCAGGAACAAACUCAGACUGGUUUUAUUUAGACUACACUUCUUUAACUUUUGAUUUAACGAAUUAUGAUGUUACAGCUCCAGCAAUUUCUUCGUUUAUUGUUAAUAAUCCAAAAAAUAGAAAUUAUAUAGACAUCACAAUGCAAACCACUGAGGCGUGUACUAUUUAUUGGACCUUUGGAGAAAGAGGAUUAGAUGUGCCAAGUAAUGCCACUUUGAUAGGCUCAGCCAAGAAUAAAACAGCUGGGUAUCAUCUUGAAUAUAUCGGAGAUAGCUGGCUUUAUAACUUCAGAGUGAAUAAUCUAAUAGCUGAGCAUGACUAUGUGAUGUAUGGAAUUUUGGUGGAUUUGAAUAAUAACGAGAUGGAUGACGUUUUUAGUGUCGACUUAUAUACAGAUGAUCUCCCUGAUUCUGUGCAAAUAACACUGAAAUUUGGCAGUUUAACUCCAACUGCAGAUCAAGCUCAGUCAACUGUAAUAGCUGCUCUUAGCACCCUUUUAGACUACGACCAAUCCUUGAUUUCUUAUGUGCAGCCUACGUCUAGGAUGCUAGACACUCUUACUUCAGCUUCUUAUAUCAUUUAUAAUAGUGCUACAUCUACAGCAUUAGCCCCACAAGAAAUCGUCAGAUACAUGCUAAACUCUAAUGAUCUUAACCGACUUCUAGCACCAUCGAGCAUAUCAAUUGAUCUGACUUAUAAUAUUGUAAAAUCAAUGGUUUAUAUAUCUAACCCAAGGCCAACAUGGUAUACAUAUCCAACUGUCAAGACAACAACAAAUACAACUGUUAGUGUUGCUCUUGCAGUAACCACUUCAGGGACACUUUAUGCUGAAAUCAUUCCAGAUGGAAGUGAAAUUCCUUCAUCAAGGCAGGUAACUCUAGGACUGGAUGCAUUUGCAGAUAAAGCUACAGUGUAUUCUCAAGCCAUAGUGGCAAAUACUUCAGUGACUGUGACAUUUACUGGAAUGAGCCCAGCAAGCAGCUAUACUAUUGUGAUUACAGCAAAAAAUAAUAAUUCAAGGCUUCCUAGAAUUAUGAGCGAUAGAGUAAUGGCAGCUCUAGAAAUUAUUACGCAAGCUACGUCUGCUACGACCACUACUACUAGUGAGGGGAUUUGUUUGUUUAUUUCGUGCCUUCUCUCGCUAUUUUUAUAA